AACUCCCUAAACUGUAAUGGUUCAGUCUCAUCAGUAACCCGGAAGUUGUACACUCAGCGACGUUACAAAGUUCUUAGUGCCGCCGCGCUGCGCUCUGACCAUGAACUUUGGACACUCAGAUCAGAGUAGGGAAGCUGUCCAGGGUUCGUAUAAGACUAACGUAGGAACCUUAAGUUUGUGCUUUGUACACGGCAAAGUUGUAACUGGUUCGGGACGGUGUGUUGCGGAUUGGAAGUCUUGAUUGCUAGACGAAGUUUUAGUAAUGCAGGCUAUUCAGUGGGACGCCAAAGCCGACGUGUUGUCACUGGUGAACGUGCCUGUGCCGACAGCCGGACAUGGACAGGUUGUCAUAAAGGUGGCCUAUGCCGGUGUGUGCGGAACCGACCUACAUAUUAUCCAGAAGGAGUUCCCUGCGGCCGAGAAGGUCAUUCUGGGUCACGAGUUCUCUGGUGUUAUCGAAGAGAUCGGUCCAGGUGUGAAGGGCUUCACGACAGGUGACCGUGUGUGCGUGGACCCUAACCGUGGAUGUGGGAACUGUAGGGAAUGCUUCAAGGCGCAAACCAACCAUUGUCAGAACGGUGGUCUUAGAACGACCAUAGGGAUUUUCCGGAAUGGGGGAAUGGCCAACUUCUGCGUGGUUCCGUCAGAGAUGGUGCAUCAACUUCCGGUGGAAGUGACUCUUCCCCAGGGUGCUCUGUGUGAGCCACUCUCGUGCAUUCUGCGCGGCUGGGAAAACCUGAACAACCCAUCCUUGGACUCCCGGAUACUCAUUCUAGGGGCGGGAAUUAUCGGGGUAUUGUGGUCUACAAUCUUUCACCACAAGGGUUACCGGAACGUGACUGUGAGUGAGCCAGCAGAGGGACGCCGCAACAGGAUAUCUGCUCUGGAACUUGGCUACCAGGCGGUUCAUCCUGAUGAACUAAAGGCCAACAUCAGUGACGAAAACAUCCGAGAAACAGGAUAUGACGUCAUCGUGGACUGCAGUGGAUUUCCACCUGCAAUAGAGCAGGCCUUCUCCUGGCUCCGUAGCGGAGCCACCUUCGUCCAGUUCGGCUGCUGCCCUCCCAAGGAGAAAAUCUCCAUCUCCCCGUUUGAGAUCUUUUCGAAAGAGUUGAAGAUCGUGGGUUGUCUCAUCAACCCCUUCACCAUGGUCAACACAGUGGAGGGGCUGGCGCGAGGCAUGGCGGGAAGCUACCUGAAGGACUUCUCCCGACUGGGCAUUAAGAUGUUCCGUCUGCAGGAGUACCAGGAGGCCAUCGCGCAGCUCAAGAAGGGAGAAAUCUCCAAGGCCAUGUUUGAGUUUUAGCAUCUGUCUACACAGACAUUCGCUUGGAUGUCCCUAAAGAAUUUCGUCACAAAAAUGGCUUCAUGUAAAUUACAUGAAACUACAUGGAAUGUGAUGAUUUGCCCUUUGCUGCUUUCCACAAAUACAACUAGAGUUCCACGAACACAUACCUUUGCCAAAUAAACCAGGUUUGUUAUGUAGAAUGAUGUCUGCAGACAAAUGCUUUACUCAUUUCAUUUUCUUUAUAAUUAUAUGCUUGGAAUACCUGUAGACAACAGAAGUCGAUGAUGAAAUAAUUAAAAGUAACAGUAAACUUGGAAAAAACUACAUAUCGGCUAACUUUGAAUAAAGACAUUUUCUAGUGCUCUA